ACAGCACCCUCAUUACCAAACAAUCUACCUACAGCCAAUGGCAUUCCGUCUUAGCUCACAGCGCACCGCCAUCAUUACACUCACUACUAUCGGAGCGAUAGCUAGUACUAUUACUCCCGUGUUUGCCGAUGAGGGACGGGGCAAGAAAUCAAUCUACGAUACCCCCCCAACAUACUCCCACACCACCACCACCACGCCCACAUUCGCCGACACAAAAUCCCCAAGUCUAAUUACAACAACUCCAACCCCAACCGACCGCCUAGCCGCCGAGAUCCGCAAAGCCCGGCUAUUUCUGCACGCGCACACCGUCCUCCUACAAAAGCACAUUGACCUUGCGUUCUCCAAGUACCUCUCCUACGAGCACAGCAUAACCUCAACCAUAAGCUCCCUUGCGCCUCCCAAGUCCUCGGAGGAAAAGGUGGUCCCGGGCAUCCUGUACGUCGCCGUCUCGGCCAUGGCCGGCUCCAUCGUUGCGCGGAACCGCAUGUUUCCCAUCCGCGCACUGACACCCGUGUUUGUUGGCAUAGGCGCGGGAUGGUACUUCCUGCCAAAGACAACACGGAACGUGGCGGAUUUGGUGUGGGAGUGGGAGAAGAUGGUUCCUGAGGUCGCAGAGAAGCACUUGCUUGUUCGGCGUGGGAUUGAAGAGGCCGCGGAGACGAGUGGGAAGGCGGUUCGGGAUGGGAGGAGGGUUGUGAAUGAGAAUGUAUCCCGUGGGAGAAGUAUUGUGGAAGGGUGGGUUAAGAAAGGUUGAUUGAUUUUACUCGCUUGUGAAGGGUAGUUGGUGCAAACAAACGGAGAUGUAUUCAGCGGUUAAAAUAUUGGAGGGGAUUGUAAGUCUAUUAUAUCGUGAAUAGCUUA